AUGAAUGAAGUGACUCCUUCCCCCACAGGUCACCCCGAUCACAUCUUCCCGCUGGUCCUGACCUCUGUCACUCAGGAGCUGUUUGGUUGCCGGGCAGAUGAGGAUGUGACCGGAGACAACCCUUACAAGCUCCUGAGAAAGGAAGACAUCGUGCAAGACAUGAAGACCAGAGCGGCCGUGUCCGACUUCAGCCCCGUCAAACAGAUCGUGCUGGAAUACCCUGGAGAUGAACUCCUGCUGGUGUUCGACAGAGACUUCACAUACGGACAGUGCUUCUAUCUGGUGCUCACAGUCGAGGCCAAAGAGAACAUGAUGAAGUCUCCAGCACAGGCUGAUGAUGAAGAGGAGCUGAUGGAGGAUGAAGAGGAGCACGUGAUCGAGCCGAAGACUCCCGAGUCUCAUCCGUGGAUCUCUCUGGGCAGUGAACAGGAGAUCGAGGACGAGUCGCUCACACAGGCCAGACCCAGACUCAGGUAUAAGAUGUCUCCUCUGAUGCGGCACUGUGGCGCUCCGGUGUGUUUCUCCGACGGGAAUGACGGAUACGUGGAGUGUCCAUCAUACGAGGACAAGAGCUUCAGCAUCACACAGAUGGAGAGAAGCACGAGCGUUCAGGCCUCCAGAGACACCACACACUCGUCCACGCAAACACUGUGGAAGCACCCAAAGAACAUGUGCACGCAGUACGAACCCCGAGAGUUCAGUCCUGAGGAGAGAGAACAUCAGCUGCGAUCAGAGAGCCUGAAGAACUUCAUCACAUCUGUGGCGAUCAGGUUUGAAGUGUCCCUGCAGCAGAAUCUCCUCUCAGACGCGUUCUGUGACGACUGGACGGCCCUGUGUGAGGACGACGGUGUGCCGACGGGGAAGACGGAGACUCAGCUGAAGGAGUAUCAGUCGUUCAUGGACCUGCACUUCAGCAAAGAGAAGAGCAUCAGUCACGUGCACUGGCAUCCCUCCAUCAGCGGUGUGAUUGCGGUGGCCAUGACGGAGAGACUGUCCCUCGAGGAGCGGAUCGAGAACUCCACUAAACUCCUGUUAAACCCGUCAUACAUUCUCUUCUGGAGCUUCACUGACCCCAUAAACCCACAGUUGCAGCUUGAAUGUCCUGAAGAUGUUCUUUGUUUCCAGUUCUGCCCGUCAGACCCGAACAUCAUCGCUGGCGGCUGCAUAAACGGCCAGGUAGUGUUAUGGGAUAUUUCAGCACAUGUGGAGAGACUUCAGGACACCCGCAGUGGCGGUGACAACAUCUCAAACAAACUAGACACAAGCGAUGUAAUCCCCGUGGUCCGGUACUGCGCUGUGUCUGGGAUAGAGAACGGACACAAAGCGCCGGUCACAGACAUUCAGUGGCUGCCAGAAACAUUCGAGGUGUCCCGAUUAGGGAUUCCAGUGGAAAACCCGAGUCGUAUGUCCGUUCAGAUGGUCACGUGUUCUCCUGACUGCUGUGUGUUAUUCUGGGAUCUUCGACCUCCUCGUGUCGUGUCUCAGUCCCUCACGGACGUGAAACAGAAAUCGGAGGAAAAGCCCCCGGAAAACCCUCAUGGUGUACCAAACACCUUCAAACACCUCAACCUGACCUGGAAACCCUUGAUCCGAGUCUCCUUGCCAAAGAUCGGCUCCAGUGGUGAAUACAGUCCUCUGAAGUUCAGCUUUCGGGACAAUACAGUGGACUACGUUACAGGUGAUAAACCCCCACAGGACACGGAUCGGGAAGGGUUCGCGCAGCUCCGGGUGCCGUCGGCCAAACAGCAGAAACCCCUGGAGAACAUCAGCACAAAACUAUACGUGGGGACGGAGGACGGAGAACUCGUGUACACCGACUGGAAGAUGGAGAAGGACAACGACUCAGGACGACUGUUCAGUGCCAAACCCACGCAUCAGUUCCUCGCACACCACACUCUGGUGAACACCGUGAGCCGCUCUCCGUUCUUCCAGGACAUCAUCCUGACGGUGGGCAGCUUCAGUUUCGCCAUCUGGAAGGAAGGGGUCAUGAGCGGCCCGAUCCUCAUGUCGGCCUGCUCUAAGAUCAUCUAUACGAUCGGCCACUGGUCCCUGUCCCGGCCGGCGCUCUUCUUCAUCGGGAAGGAGGACGGGAACAUUGAGGUUUGGGAUCUGCUGCAAAACACCCACGAACCCUCACAAACCCAGAAAAUCAGCACCGCCUCCAUCACCUGCAUCCGGUCCAGCAGCUCCUCGGGGAAGCAUCAUCUUCUGGCGGUCUCAGACCGUAUCGGGACAGUACACAUCCUACAGAUCCCAUGGACCCUGCGCAAAUCCUCCAACCACGAGAAACAGAAUGUGAGGAAGUACUUGGAAAAGGAAGAGGAACGGCUGGAGUACUUUGAGAAACGGCAGCUCAAACACGAGAAGCACAAGAAAGAGAUGGAAGCUGAACAACUGAAGAAGAAGACGGAGCCAGUGCCACUGAAACAGGCCGAGGAACUGGAGGCGGAAGCGCUGAAGGAAUAUGAACAGUUUCUGGCUCUGGAGAAGACCGUUUUGAAGAACAUGGGCCUCCUGACCGAAACGACGGACCUGUAACACAUUAGAGACAUCAUCAUCAUCAUCAUCAUCACCAUCACGCUCUGGAACAAAGCACAA